AACAGUAACUGCAAUCAUAACUAUAUUGCAACUUGUCUCUACAUAGAAACCACAAACGUGGACUCAUGUGUAACCACUAGUUUCUCGAGACUCUCAACCAUCCACCGUCCCAUGUCGUAAUUAUGCGAAUGUGACCCUUCAUCAUUCAAUCAACUACAUUCAUGGAUUCGUAUCCCUUUUUUUUCCCAUAGUUAACAUUUUUUUAAAUCUUUACAAAUUCUUCAUUCACGUUUAGGCUUUAGCAAUACCAUUUCAUCUUCUUAAAUCUAUCUCAACAACAAUGGCAGAAUCAGAAACUAGGUCAAAUCUUAAUACCAUUAAGGAUCACGAAGAAGAUGAAGAAACAAUAACAAAAACGCAGCCAUUGAUCCCAGGUUUACCAAACGAGAUCGCUGAGCUUUGUCUCCUUCGUCUUCCUUACCCAUACCAUGCUCUGUUUCGCUCUGUUUCAUCUUCAUGGAACAAAAACAUCACAAACCCUAGUUUCCUCUUCUCCAAGCAAUCUCUCUCCAUCUCUUCUCCUUACCUCUUCGUCUUCGCUUUCAACAAAUCAACGGCUAAGAUUCAAUGGCAAUCCCUAGACCUCGCAUCUGGCCGUUGGUUCGUCUUGCCUCCUACGCCAAACUCUUUCACCAAAAUCUCUUCUCCUCACGCGCUCUCCUGCGCGUCGAGUUCACGUCAGGGGAAGCUUUUUGUCCUCGGCGGCGGAGAUGCUAACCGCUCCGCCGUCGUGUACACCGCUUUGACGAAUCGCUGGUCGUUUAUUUCUCCGAUGAUGAGUCCGAGAACGUACUUUAACGCCGGGAAUGUUAACGGUAAAAUCAUGGCCGUUGGUGGGAGUGUUGACGGUUUUGGAAAAGCGACGACGGAGGCCGAAUCGUACGAUCCAGAAACUAACACGUGGACGGCUCUGAAGAGAGUGCCGAUGGUAUUGGCCAAGUAUGACUCAGCCGUGAUCGGGAAAGAGAUGUGCGUGACUGAAGGGUGGGCGUGGCCGUUCAUGUUCCCACCGAUGGGACAAGUGUACGACUCCGAUGAAAACACGUGGCGUGAAAUGAGCGGUGGGAUGAAAGAAGGGUGGACGGGUGUGAGCGUCGUGAUCCGUGGUAGGCUGUUUGUGAUAUCGGAGCAUGGUGAUUUCCCGAUGAAGGUUUAUUUCUCGGAGGACGAUACGUGGAGGUACGUGAGUGGUGAGAAGCUUCCAGGGGAUAAGAUGCGGCGGCCUUUCGCCGUGACGGGAGCUGACGACGGUCGUGUGUUUGUGGUGGCUGGUGGGCUUAAUGUAGCCGAGGGGAGAGUGAGUGAGGGGGAAAAUGGGGAAUUUAGUGUUGCGUGGAGAAUGGUUUCGUCACCUCAGAGUUUUGUUCAUUUUUCACCUUCUAGUUGCCACGUCCUGUAUGUCUGAUUUCGUCUCCAUAUAUAGUAUGGUUCGAUAGUUCGAUUAAGCGAAAGCGUAUAAAAACUACUUAUGCAUACGCGGUUAUAAUAAAUUAAGCCUCAUCAUUUCAUUUGA